AUGGACACGUCCUUGAAGCAGCAGCCGGUGGCCAGCAGCACGACCACACGGAAGGUGGGCAGCAUCGACCCCGUGUCGGACUUCCAGGCGAUGAUGGCCUCAGCGAUAGCCGGAGAUGAAGGGGGGCCGGAACUGGCGGACCUCGCGGUUCAACAGAUGCAGGCCGUGAUCCACACGCUGGUCAGGAAGGGCACCACUUCCUCGCUUCGGGCGAAGGCCGUGAGCUGCGUCAAGGCCUUGCGCGCCGCGAGCGUGGCGCACAUCAUGGGUCAACGGUACAACGAUUUCCUCGCGGUCAUGAAGGCCAAGUAUCAGAGAGGGGACAACUCCGACAUCUGGGAGAUGGUAAUGGGGGAGAAAGGCACGUGGCCAAUCACCUCUGAGGACGACGCGAGCCUGAGCAUGACCCCGGAGAGUGCGGCGGAGUUCAUGAAGGCCGAGGAGGUGAAGCAGGAGGAAGAGGAGGCGGAGGAGGAAGCGGGCGACGAUGAUGACCUCGAUGACAUGGCGUGAAGGAAAGAAAUUCCAGGAACGGUCUGUGUGGCCACGGGUUGGAGCUCCUGCAUUCCCGACAGAAAACAUUUGAGCUGUGAGCGCUGAUUUAAAGUGAUGAGACGACAAAAAGUGGGGAAUAGAAUACCCUUGUUGUAGGGACACCCCCAGUCUUUAGGGGUUUUGCGUGUUUUUCCCUUUUCUUUGCUGUGGGUGGUGGGCUGGACUCGAAAAUACUGGGCGGAAGGGGUGGAAUGGACGGGCAAGCCAUCGAGACUGAUGGCCGUUUUGACUAUG